GCGUCCCGCGGCGUGCUGCGCCGCCUUCGCGCCGCCGACCAGGCCAAGCGCGAGACGGCCAAGGCGCGCAACGAUCUCGAGUCGUACGUCAUCGGCACGCGGGACAAGGUGGAGGGCGGGGAGGAGGUGGCUGGGGUGAGCACCGAGGCGCAGCGCGAGGCGUUCUUGGCCCAGCUGGCAGAGGUGGAGGACUGGCUGUAUGGCGACGGCGAGGCGGUGGGGGCUGAAGAGUACAGGGCCCAGCUGCGCAAGCUGCGCCUGGUGGGCGACCGCCUGUUUGAGCGCGCGGCCGAGGCGGCGGCUCGGCCGCGGGUGCUGCGCCUCGCUGGCGACUUUGUGGAUCUGGCGCGCAAGGCGGCCAACAGCUGGCCCGACAUCAAGCCCUGGCUCAACGCCUCCGACAUCGCAGCGCUGGUGGCCAAGGUGGUGGGCUCCACGCUGCCCACGCUGCCCACGCCGCACGCUGCCCAUGUUGCGCACGCUGCCCGCGCCGCCCACGCCGCCGGGCGCGCCUGCCCGCUCCCGUGGACAACUUCAGCUCCUGGCUGA